GGUCAGGGGUUGUCCCCGCCAGGGGUUGGGCCAGCUCUGGCCCCUCCCCGUUGCUGGGCCUGCAGGGCCUCGGCUUCCAUUCCUACGGAAGCCGCCGUCCGCAACCGCUGCAGCCAUGGGCGCCGCUGGUUCCUCAACGCUGGCCAGCCUGGCCCUCCGUGUGCCGCGUCGCCCGGAGCAGCUGAGACCGGUCUGGCUCGGGGCAGCCGCACUGGGACUGGCCGCGGUGAUGCUGGGGACAGUCGUCUGGCGCCGCAGGCGGUCCAGGCGGCGGCGGCUGCGGCUGCGGCGGCUGCAGCAGGUGGGCACCGUGGCACAGCUGUGGAUCUACCCAGUCAAGUCCUGCAAGGGGGUGGCGGUGAGCGAGGCCGAGUGCACCGCCUUCGGGCUGCGCAGCGGCAACCUGCGGGACAGGUUUUGGCUGGUGAUUAAGGAAGACGGGCACAUGGUCACAGCCCGGCAGGAGCCCCGCCUCGUACUGAUCUCCAUCACCUACGAGGACAAUCAGCUGACCUUCCAGGCCCCAGGCAUGGACCAGCUGGUGUUGCAGAGCAAGCUGCCUUCCUCAAACAGGAUCCACAACUGCAGGAUUUUCGGUCUGGACGUUAAGGGCCGGGACUGUGGUGACAAAGCAGCUCAGUGGUUCACCAGCUUCUUGAAAACGGAAUCUUUCAGGCUGGUUCAGUUUGAAAAGGGCAUGAAGGGAAGACUGUCAAAGAACAUUUUCCCGUCUGCGGUACAGAAUUACCAGGUGGCCUACCCGGACUGCAGCCCCAUCCACAUCCUCUCGGAAGCCUCUCUGGCAGAUCUGAACAUCAGGCUGGAGAAGAAAGUGAAGAUGGACCAAUUCAGGCCAAAUAUCGUGGUAACAGGCUGUGAUGCUUUUGAGGAAGAUACCUGGGAGGACAUCCUCAUUGGCGACACAGAAAUGAAAAAGGUUUCGGCUUGCCCCAGGUGCAUCAUGACCACAGUGGACCCAGACACCGGAGUGAUAGGCAGGAAGGAGCCACUGGAGACCCUGAAGAGCUACCGCCUGUGCGAUCCUUCCGAGAGGGGAAUCUACAAGUCAUCUCCACUUUUUGGGAUCUAUUAUUCAGUGGAAAAACUUGGAAGCUUGAAAGUCGGGGACCCCGUGUACCAGAUGAUACAGUGAGAGACCCACAAAGGUGACAUGGUUUUGGUGUCCAGCGGACAUCGGUCAGGGUCUCGUCUUCCAUAGCAGCGCUGCCUCGGCCUCCGCCCUGGAAAUGAAUCUCUGUUCUUGACUUUCUGGAAUCAGGCUCCUGAUUAAUUCAAGGAAAGUAUUAGAGGUGAUUUGGGAAUAAGAAGGUUAUAUAGAUUUUAGGUCAGGAAGACUUUGAAAUAAAUAAAAUUGUAUUACAAUUAUUUCAAAUGUCACUGUAGCUCCCAUAUUCCUGACACUAAUAUUGAUGAGAUAACACAGAAUCUGCUCAAAAGCGGCAACAUUUUUUCUAAAUGUUUACAUUUUAUGACUGACCAUUCCGUGUCUUAGGCGACCUGAGGAACAGGUGUCCUGAUGUGCCUUUGUAUGCAAACACACAAGAUUCCGUGGGUUUUUCCACGCCUACUGAGUCCUGUGGACCUUCUGCUCAUGCAGUUUUGACUCAGCCCUCUCAGAGUCAGACUGUACUUGAGUAUGGCGAUGAUUUUAUAGACCCCGUUUUUACAGUCAAUUGUGUGGCUUUGCGGCCGUGUAGAAGUAAUUGUGCGUAAUUGCCAGAUACACGACUUGGAAUGCCAGGUUCGAUAAAGAAGAGAAUGGGGUUAAAUAGAGUGGGAUUCAGAGAGUCGAGUGGGAAGAAAGGAGGUUGCAUGUAUGUUUUUAGGCGCAGCUGAUUUUUUCCUGCUAACAGCAAUGAAGUCCUUUGGAAUGACUGAGCACAAAUUCUCACUGAAGCAACAUGUGAAUGAGCCAAUCUACUUACUCAAUGUUGUGGUUCCUUUGGUGUUAAUAAAUGUGACUUUCUGUUGUA